AAUCUCUCUGGAAGGUAUCACACAAAAUGGACUCUGUAAUUAUUGAGACCACUUCUCUGCAAUACAAGAUAGAACUGGGUAUGGCGGGGUACGAGGAUGGAUCAUCCUCCAGCAACGUCAUCUCACGCCUGGCGGCGAUUCGGAGAGAGCGUUAUGCGUGGAGACAUCUAUUUCUCAAGUACGUCAAGACCAUAACAAUACCGUCGCAAGAGUGGAUCGAGGCCAGAUCACACAAGGAUGUCAUUUCUGGCCGCGUACCAGAUCUCCCGAAACAACUGGAGCUUGUUUACCUCGGAAGGGGAAUAUCCGACCAAGACCGUAUCAAGCAUAUCGAGUUUGGUACUAGAUUUGAUGUGCACUAUAUCGACCCCGGCCAGGAUCUUGUGGUUCUAGCGUCUCUGAGUCAAACGCUGGAUGCUGCUGGCAUGCGCCCAUCUCCAAGGGUCUACCUGUGCUCUCUCCAAGACCAAAAACCUCACCCACGGGCGAAACAGAGCUUCAUAGACCUCGCAUCGUACGGGUUUCCUGCCGCGUCCUUUGUCCGUCGGGCCAAGAUCCAGGUUUCGGGCGAAUACCUGGCGUUCACCGUGCAGAAGUCUCUCGCAGUCGAGGCAAUCUUCGUGUGGCACUGGCCAUCGGGGACUAUCCUGGCCGUCAGUUACUGCUUACCUCUGCCGCACGAGUACCAUGCUCACUGGCGCUCGCAGGCCCUGCGCUCGUCGCCUGACACGGCGUACCUGACCGCGUUCUGCACCGCGGACGGACACCUACUCGUGAAUGUAUACGAACGCAACGCGCGCCAUGGGUUCGGCAUUCACGUCUACGCGCUGCACACGGACGAAGAGAUCCCGACGCUCAUCGCGACGUUCCAGCUGCCCUGGCUCAAAUGGGACUUCAGCAGCUGGCUCAACUGCACGUUCUUCCCUGGGUACCAGAAGCACAGUCAGCUCGCCGGGCCCAUAGCGGCGGGGCCGAUGGACUUUCACCCUACUCUGCGGCUGGUCCAGCUGCGUGUAGACCUGCAGUACACCGUCUAUACGCUACUCACGACGUUUCUGUCCCCAGCGGUACUCGAGGACCGUCACCGGCGCUCUCCGCUGCGCUACCCCUGGAGCGCAUGGGGUCCCCGGUCGGCGCGAGUGCUACACGAAGAGAUCGAGUCUAUCGUCUGUGGCUUCAAGGCGAUCUAUCCAGACCACGUCCUCGAUUUCUGCCCUGUCACUGAUCUGGCUGGCGACGAAGAUGACUCUGUUAUAAGAACCGAGACGGUCAUCGAGACUACAGUCUUCGCGGAGAAAGUUACCACCCGACUGCCAUUUCGAAAGGUUCCGCUUCCUUUCGAAAAGCCACUCUCACGGAACCAGAUGCAGCUGUUUUUCCGCGACGUCGAUGGCCCCAAGGUCGGUACUGUCUGCCCGCGUCUUCAAUCGCACCCCAGUAAUGUCGAUGCAGAUCGUGCGCGCUACAUGCGAGGACUUUAUUCUCAUUCCAACCUCUGUGAACGUGUAUUCUAUCGUAUCAGACAAAGAGUCGGGCGAAUCAUGAUUGUCAAAAUCAAUUUUAUUGCAUUUUUGCUUGGAUUACACAGCUUCAAAGAUCUUGCCACCUAUCCUCGUACUCUUCCUCAUGACCUCGAAGUCCUGCAGUCCCUUGCCAUGGAGACCGAGUCCGGCACGCACAAGCCCUCGGCGGUCUUCGUGCCUACAGUCUACGAGAUGUACCCUGCAGGGAUCUCACAGAACGUCGCAGAGCAAAAGGGCACUUUCGUCGAGGUCAAGGGUUUCAGCCACCAAAUGGAAGGCAAGACGCGUCCGACGUUCUUCAGAGGCGUGGCCACUGUCGUGACGAAGCUUUUCAACGUUAUCGAGCCUACCCGGACGUAUUUUGGCCAAAAAGACAUUCAGCAAGCGUUUCUGCUCCGACGAAUGGCUCGUGAUCUGCUGCUGUCGCAUCCUACUCCAGAGAACGUACAUAUCGUCCCCACAGCUCGCGACCCGAUGACUCUUCUCGCCCUGUCGUCUCGAAAUACCUACCUGACGCCCCAAGAGCGAGAAGUCGCCGCGCCAACUCUGUAUGCCGCGUUCGCCGAAGGUCGCAAGGCGUGGGCAGCGGGCUCAAACAAGGCCGAAUGCAUAGCCAAGGCCUGCUCUGUCGUUUCGGACAAGGCGAGCGCCCUUGCUAGAGAAGAUAUAGACACAUGA